UCCUAGGUACAUAUGGAAACUUCCAGACCAGUCAUCUCUCCAACCAACAUCAACGCUACAGCUUCUGAAACAUUCACGAUACUUCAGCAAAGGAUGAGGAUCGUUGAGGAGCAGACCAAUUCUCUGAGAAAUGACCUAAUCAUGUUGAAUUUUUGUGAAAAAAGAGGCCAGUUAGAAGUUCCAUAUUGUUUAGAAGAUCCUGCCAGCCAGAGAGUCCUUAGCCCAGUCCAGAAUGAAGUGAUUUGUUCAGGAAAAACAGAUAUUUUAUGGAAGAACUGUGAGUUUCUGGUCAAUCGAAUGUGCCGUCUGGAAAGCCUCAUCCAGUCCUUGAAGAUGAACAUCUUUCGUCUACAGACUGAAAAGGAUUUGAAUCCCCAGAAGACAGCUUUUCUGAAGGAUCGUCUGAACACAAUACAGGAAGAGCAUUCCAAGGACCUGAAGCUCCUUCACCUUGAGGUUCUGAACUUACGCCAGCAACUGAGAGAUGUAAAAGAGGAAGAAGACAAGGCACAAGACGAGGUGCAAAGGCUGACCGCCACGCUGGAGGUUGCCUCAGAGACAAAGAAGAAUGCAGCCAUUAUUGAAGAGGAACUGAAAACCACAAAACGUAAAAUGAAUUUUAAAAUUCAGGAGUUAAGGAGACAGCUGGCUCAGGAGAGGUACCUCAGGGAAUCUCUGGAGAAAUCUGGAUCAGCCAUGCUUCUCAAAAUCCAAGAAAUGGGCUCAGCAGUGGAGGUGGAGCACAAACAGGUACAACUUUUGCAGCAAGAUUGCCUUGCCCUACGCAGUUCCAUAAGGACCACCCAAGAAUUACUGGCCCAGGAACAACAAAAGAAAGGAGAGUUGGAGACGGCUACCUCACAGCUGAAGUCUGAUCUAAUUUCUAGAGAUGACCUCAUUUCCAAGUUGGUUGAAGAAAAUAAGAAUGUGCAGGUGUCUUUCAACAAGGAACAUGAAGAAAAUGUAUAUUUGAGGUCUGAAAUAAUAUCCCUUCGUGAAGCAUCAGAAAAAGCACAGGUUUUGAAUGACCAGCUGACUACACAGUGUUCAGAGCUGAACUGCAUGCUUCAGGCUAUGAGUAUGGAAAAAGCCAGGAUCAUUGCGGACCACCAAGCCAUUCUUCAGGCAGAGCAGAAGAUGAUGACACAGACUUUCCAAGAACAGAACUUACUGCUGGAUGCAGCCCAUGCCAGCAUCACCAGUGAACUGCAGACGGUUCAGAAUGAGAAAGCCCAGCUCCAAGCACACCUUGAUCAUUUAAUCCUUGAGCACAACCAGUGUAUCCAGAAGGCCCAGGAUGCUGAGUGGAAGACAGCUGCACAGAAAGAGCUGCUGGAGUCAACAGUGGCAAGGCUGCGGGGUGAGCUGGAAGCAUCCGUGCAGGAGAAGAUGGCACUCCUGCAGGAGAAAGAACUAGUACAGAGAGAGGUUAAUACAACAGAAAAAGAAAUAGCACAAGAAAAAUGCAACUUGGAAAAAGAAUUAGCUAAAAACAAGGUAGAUAUAGAUAUAUUAACCCACAACCUGCAGACUCUAGAGGACGAGAAUAAGCACCUGGCAGACCAAAUGGCUUCCCUAGAACUUCAGCAAGUCACUUCUGAUUACCAUGGGUUAGCCCAACAGAAGGUGGAAAAAGUCUUAAGAAAAAUUACUGAGAGUAAAAAUCAACUGGCCUAUGAAAAGGGAAAACUCCAGAUAAAAGUUAAGCAGCUAGAAGAACAACUACAAUCUUUUACUGAAACUAGUUUACAGAAUGACCAUCUACGCAAAUUGAAUAAGGGUCUAGAGGCCAAAUAUGCUCAGGCAAAUUCAGAACUCAGUGCCAACAAGCUACACCUACAACAGACGGAGGCUCACCUGAAAGAGGUGAAAUCCAUUCUUGAAAAAAGUAAAGAGGAGCUGUCCCGAACAACAAAGUGUCGUGACACAACCCUGAAGGCGAACCAAAGACUGAAGGGGGCCCUCGAGACCCUGGAAGUCAGGGAAAGCCAGAAGGUAGGAAACUUCCAGCGACAAUUGGCUGAGGCCAAAGAAGACAACUGUAAAGUCACAGUCAUGCUGGAGAACGUGCUGGCUUCUCACAGCAAGAUGCAAGGUGCUCUGGAGAAAGUGCAAGUAGAGCUCGGGCGGAGGGACUCGGAGAUUGCAGGCCUCAAGAAAGAAAGGACUCUCAAUCAGCAGAGGGUACAGAGGCUGGAGGCCGAGGUGGACCAGUGGCAGGCCCGGAUGCUCGUUGUGGACGCGCAGCACAGCAGUGAGAUACAGCCUCUGCAGAAAGCUCUCGAAGUAGCCAGAGAAGACAAUAGGAAACUAGCUGUGAGUCUGGAGCAAGCUCUCCAGACAAAUAAUCACCUGCAAACAAAGCUUGAUCAUGUGCAAGAGAAACUGGAAAACAAAGAACUUGAGCGACAGAACCUAGAAACCUUCAAAGAACGAAUGACAGAGGAAUCAAAAGUGGAAGCAGAACUGCAUGCUGAGCGCAUAGAGACCCUAAGGAAGCAGUUCCAGACCGAGAGGGAGACGACCAAGAAGGCGACACAGCGGGAAAUGGCUGAGCUGAAGAAGACCCUUGACGAAGCCAACUACAGAUCAGUGGAAGUGUCCCGGGCCAACCGAGAGUUGCGACAGAAAGUUUCAGAGCUGGAAAAAGUACUGGACAGCAACAAGGAAAAAAUAAAGAACCAAAAGGCCCAAAUUAAGCUCCACUUGUCGGCCAAGGCAAAUAACGCUCAGAACGUCGAGAGGAUGAAGCACAUAGCGAUGGAACUGAGGCAGAUGGAGUUAAUUAAGGAUCAGUACCAGAAAAAGAACUAUGAACAGUCUCUGAGCAUCCAGAGGUUUGCAUGUGAAAUGAUGAAUCUGCAGAGAGAAAUGCAGAUGCUGGCUAAGAGCCAGCACGACACCUCCACUCGGAACAAACAGCAGGAGCGGCAGCUAGAGACAGAACACAAAGCGAGGCAGGAGCUGGAGCACCGGUGCCAGGAACUGGAAGAAACUGUCAGACACCUGAAGAAAUGUAAAGAGGCCACAGAGAGCAAACUGAAAGAGGCCAGUGUGGAAUCAGAACAGGUGAGCCAGACCCAUGGGCAUGAGGACCUGGACAGUGCCCUCACCCGGCCCUCUGCAUGUUGA